AUGUACUCAACCUAUGGCCAUAUCCGACAGCUUGCCGAGGCUGAAAAAGCUGGCAUUGAAAGCGCCGGUGGCACUGCGGAUAUUUUCCAACUUCCCGAAACUCUCUCCAACGAUGCUCUCGCAAAGAUGCAUGCGCCUCCCAAGGCCAAUGACCCGAUCCUAAGCGAUCCCGCGAUCCUCGAGUCAUAUGAUGGUUUCUUGCUCGGAAUUCCUACACGCUUUGGCACUUUCCCAGCCCAAUGGAAGGCCUUUUGGGAUAAUACAGGCAAGCAAUGGUCCAGUGGUGCUUACGCUGGAAAGAUGGCUGGUCUUUUUAUAUCUACUGGCUCGCAAGGUGGCGGUCAGGAGGUCACAGCACAGAGUGCCAUGUCCACCCUUAUACAUCAUGGCAUCAUCUACGUGCCUUUAGGCUAUGCGAAGACGUUCGGCCAACUUACAAACUUGAACGAAAUCCACGGUGGCAGCCCAUGGGGUGCUGGCACCUUGGCCGGCGCUGAUGGCUCGCGUCAGCCUUCAUCUUUGAAGCUUGAGAUCGCACGCAUUCAGGGAGAGACCUUCUACUCAUUCGUCAACAAGGCUAGCAAAUCACAGAGCACCACUCAACAAGCACCGCCAGGGACUUCUACUCUCACAACGGAGAAGGCGAGGCAAAGGGCCAACAGCAUUGAGGAGCUUGAUGAUAUUGCUGGAGGAGCUUGCGGGCUUCCUACUAAAUGUGUUGUUCAAUAG